AUGUCUCUAUUUGGUGAGCCCGAUGAUCCUGUCGAAGCAACGAACCCUCCGAAGUCGCGAUUAUCGCUGUUCGACGACGAACCAAGUUCAACACCAGGAUCCAAAUCUUCAUUGUUCGCAGAUGACGACGAUGUCUCGGGAGGCUCGCCAUGGAAUACAUCAGUGCCAAAAAGACUAGAUCGGGGAGACUUGUUGAAAACUCUCCUUCCAACAUCUGACGUGCCUGAAAGUUACAUUGAUAUCUUUGACGAUGUACUCAAGGAUGGCAACGAUUCUAACGGAAAGCUCAGUAAAACCGGCAUCGCAAAACUUUUAAAUGCUGCAAAUUUAAGUCCCGAUAAGUCGAGUUGGAUCUCGAAGAUCAUUGCCCCUACUACGCAGCUUCAAGAUCUAGAGCGGAACGAGGUCAAUGUACUAUUGGCAUUGAUCGGUUUGGCUCAGGAAGAGGAAGACGUUCAUGAUGUUACACUUGAUGGCGUAGAUGAGCGACGAAGGAUGCCCAAGCUUACAAGCUUGACAACAAUAUCAACCUCAAACUUUGGGUCCUCCACCACGGAUGAGUUAGCUGCGAAGUCUUCUGAACGACCUACCAGUCCGCCGUCUGUCCCUAGCUCAUUUUCGCCACAACAAUCUCGAAUGCUACGAAAGGAUUCCCUCGAAUUUCCCGAAGCUGAUCCCUGGGGCAGCCCGGCUCUUCAUAAAGGCCAUACUCAUGCUAGUCCCAGAUCGAACGGAGCGCCGACAAACGGAGUACGCGAACCUGUGAGAAUUACAAGUGGCUUUACAACUGCUUCUACUGGUGGAUCAAAUGAAAAUCGACAUCAACAAUCAAGAACUGCUCCUACAGAGCCUGCAAGUGGGGGAUGGGGCUCUUAUAACCCGAAUCCAAAUUUCAAUAAUUUGGCAGCGGCCCCAGUUGGUGGAAGCGGUGGGUUUGGUGGUGAUGGUGGAGAAGGGGAGCGACCUGAAGAACCUGCUCCACCAGCCCGCACCUUUGGUGGCGGUCGUGUGAAUAGCAACGGAGUUGAAGAAAACAUAGUCGUCACUUUGUUAGCUGAGAAAGAGGGAAUGUUUCUAUUUCAACAUCACAACUAUCAAGUCUCUUCUGUUCGUAGGGGAAGUAAGGUUGUGAGAAGAUACAGCGAUUUUGUCUGGCUACUAGAUUGCUUACAAAAGCGAUACCCUUUCAGACAAUUACCACUUUUGCCGCCAAAGAGAGUCGCAGUGAAUGGAAACCAUUUGGCUGCGGAAAGCUCAUUUAUGGAGAAACGGAGGAGGGGAUUAGCACGGUUUUCCAAUGCACUUGUCAGGCACCCAGUUCUUAGUCAAGAGCAGCUGGUCAUAAUGUUUUUGACUGUUCCAACCGAGCUUGCUGUUUGGCGAAAGCAGGCUACUAUAUCUGUUCAGGAGGAAUUUGUUGGGCGACCACUACCUCCAGGACUCGAAGAUUCCCUGCCACCCACUUUGAACGAUCUCUUCGCUCAGACUAGGAUCGGUAUUCGAAGAUCUGCAGAUGCCUAUGUUAACAUGUGUAAUCUCAUGGAUCGUCUCGCCAAACGCAAUGAAGGGCUUGCUGCUGAUCAUUUACGCAUGGCGCUGUGUUUGCAAUCACUCAGUGAUGUCUCUCAAGACACCUACGCAAUCGACACUAACGAUGUGCCAUUAUUGAACGAGUGUCUCCAUUCUACCGCGAAGCAUCUUUCCAAUAGCCAAAGUAUUCUUGAAGAUGAGGCUAAAGCCUGGGACCAAGGUGCUUUAGAAGAUCUGAAGAGACAACGAGAUUCGCUUGUCAGCAUGAGAGAUUUAUUCGACCGCCGGGAUCGUUAUGACAAGGACAACAUACCAUAUUUAGAACGUAGGAUCGAGAACAACGAGAAUAAACUAGUCACAAUAAGAUCAAAGCCAGAAAAUAUGGUCAAGCCAGGAGAAAUUGAGAAGGUCACGGAAGCCAUUAUCAAAGACAAGGAAUCCAUUGUGGCUCAACAUGCACGAGGGAUAUUUAUCAAAGAGUGCAUCAGAGAUGAGCUCAUCUACUUUCAAUCAACACAGUACAAUAUCAUUCGACUCAAUCAAGAUUGGGCACAAGAACGUGUGAAGUACUCGGAGCUUCAAGCGCAUAACUGGAGACAAUUGGAAGAGGAGCUAGAUGGUGUACAGAUUGGGGCGGAUUAG